AUGGCAAAGCUCACUUUCCUUCUUUUGGCCGGCGCCGCGACGUUGGCAGCAGCAAAGGAUGUCUACUUGAAUUGGAACGUGACGUGGGUGAAUGCUGCUCCAGAUGGGUUUGAACGACCUGUCAUUGGGAUCAAUGGCCAGUGGCCUUGCCCUCAGAUCGACGUCGACCUGGGCGACAGACUGAUUGUGGAUGUCCACAAUGGGCUCGGAAACCAGUCAACUGGCGUUCACUGGCACGGAAUCCACCAGUAUGCCACGGGGGUGAUGGAUGGGGCUAGUGGUGUCACCCAAUGCCCCAUUCCCCCUGGAGAACAUAUGCAAUAUCACUUUGAGGUCAAUCAAACCGGAACUUACUGGUACCAUUCGCAUAACAUGGGGCAGUACCCUGAUGGCUUCCGAGGCGCUCUCAUCGUGCAUGACCCCAAUCCACCCUUCCAAUUUGACGAGGAGAUAACGAUUACCCUGAGUGACUGGUACCAUGACCAGAUGCCAGAUCUGUUGGCUCAGUACGAAUCAGCAGAGAACGAGGCUGCUUUCGGUGGCCGUGAGCCGGUCCCAAACUCGGCAUUGAUCAACGACUCCAACAACUCUAAGAUCAAGGUCCUGCCGAACAAGACCUAUCUCGUACACAUUAUUUGUCUCAGCAACUGGCCCGGCCAUACCUGGGUUUUCGAUGGGCACGAGAUGACUGUGGUUGAAGUUGAUGGUGUCUAUACUGAGCCGUAUGCGGUUGGCUCCAAGAUGCUACGACUCGCACCUGCCCAGCGGACAAGCGUUCUCAUCAAGGCCAAGCCCGAUACUAGCAAGAACUUCGCGAUUUGGGAUACCAUGGACGUCAACAUGAUGUUCGUGUAUGAAGGUCGCGAGGUUCCGGCGAACUACAAUCCUAAUGUCACGGCUUGGUUUGUCUACGAUGAGGCCAAGCCCCUUCCACCGCCACCUGUUUUGACCGAAUUCGAAUUCGUGGACGAUCUGACUUUCAUCCCUCAGGAUAAGGAAGCGCUCUUGCAACCUAUGCACCGUCAGAUCAUUAUCGAUACGUUCUCCACCGAAAUUGAUGGCGUCCCUCGUUUCACCAUCAAUAACCAGACUUACAUCCCUCCCAAGGUUCCCACUCUUUACACCGCAAACACCGUUGGAAAGGAGUAUGCGUCCGACCCUGCCGUAUACGGGCAGGUCAACCCUUUCGUGGUCCAGCACGGCGAGAUCGUCGAAAUCGUCAUCAACAACCACCACAACAACCUUCACCCAUGGCACUUGCACGGCCAUCAAUUCCAAGUUCUGCAGAGAUCUGAGAUUAAUGGCGGCUAUUUCACUGGCGCUUACUUCCAGAACAUCUCCAAGACUCCCAUUCGCCGUGACACUAUCAUGGUCCAGAACCAUGGCCAUGUGCCUCACCGCGGAAAUGCAGCUGGAAAGGCCGGAACCGAUUUGUCGGGGGCCAAUGUUAAGGUCCCAACUAGCAAUCACGGUGCCAUGUAUCCACCAGAAUCAGAGGCCCCAUUCCCAGCACCGGCUCCAUCUUCGACAAGCACUGCCCCUGGCCCUGAGGUGCAGACACCGCCUCCGCAGCAGCAGCAGAGUCCGCCACCUCAUCAGGAGACCCCGCCGCCCUACUCUCAACCUCAGCCAGAGACUACCCCUGGUCCAAAGCCCACUGGCCACGGAAAGCCCCCUAACUAUACCCAGUAUCCUCAGCCCGACUACUCUGCUCUGCCCUAUCAUGAUAUCGCCCCAGUUCCUGCAGUUCCUGAGGUUCCUGUCGAACCCCAACCUCAACCCCAAACUCAGACACAGCCAGAGGUUCCUGCUCCCGAGUCUGAGCCUGAAGAGCUUGCGCCUGGGUACUCUGUUCCGGAGGGCCAGGAACCAGGCCCCGAAGAUCAGCCUGCCUACUACGAAGUUGCGCCCGAGUACUAUGCCUCCCAGACACCUCCCCAAGACGAGCCAAUUACUGCUCAAGAGCAAGAGUCCAAGGGCCUAUGGCCUAAGCCUCACACCGAUAGUGAUCAUGCUCAAACUGGCGAUGGCUCUGAUGGACGCCCUCCAACUACCGCUCAUUCGGAGGACACCAAGGGUCCUUGGCCCAACCCGCACACCGACCACUCCCACGCCCAAGUUCCUGAUGGCCCGGAUGGAAAACCCGUUGUUGCUCACACCGACGACAACAAGGGACCUUGGCCUAACGCUCACACCAAUGACCAGUAUGUUGAGGAAGAUGGUCACUCGAUCAAGCCUGCCGAAGACAAUGGUCCUAGCCACCUGCCCAAAGGCUAUGAAUACUGGGAAAAGUACACGAACUAG